GUCUACUUUUGGCUGUUACGCAGAUUGUUCGUAUCGUUCGUACGUUCGUUCGUUCGUGUCUGUGCUGUGCUGUGCUGUGUGCUCUGCCUGUGCUGCCUGCCUGCUGCCUUGUGCGCGCCUCUGCCUCUGCUGUCUUGUCGUCAGUGCUCAGCUCAGUGCCCGCAGUGCCAGCGCUAGCGCCUGUCGUGCCGCCUCGCCUCGAUUCGAUUCGAUUGACAAAAAAAAAAAAAGGAAAAUACACACAAAAACAAAUAUCUCCAUUCAGUGUGCGUUCGUCUUCGUCUUCGUACUUCGUGUCCCCCUCUGAACCCCACCCAAAAAUUACAACCUGGGCAUCAGCAUCAGCAUAAACAACAUAACAUCCCAGUCGCAUAGAUUUUUUGGGAGUUCUCAAUCGACAAACUGUACGACGCUGGGAUUGUUCCAAGCAAACACGUUCGUUGAAUCGUGCCAAACCGUUUAACCGUCGGCAAAUGCGAAAUCGAAUUCGAAAUCUAUUAAAUCGGUAACAAAACGGUUGAAAAGCGGUUCCAAUCCAAAAAACUAGUGCACCUCAAAAAUACAAUUCACACACAUACACUUACUCACACACUCACCAAAUACGCCUCGGCUCAAGAGUGAUUAUUGUUAAAUCAAAAAGAAAUAAUACAAAUAAAAAUAAAACACAAAUGCAUAAAAAAAAGUAUAAUUAAUUGAAUACUUAAAACACAAUUAGGAGACCAACAACAACAAAAAGGCACACAAAUUAAUGCACAAGUUGCCCCAAAAGUUUGGUGCCCCUCAAAAUUCUAUUGAAUUGAAAUCGCGGAUCGAAAUCGUGUCGAAGCCCAAAUCUGAAUAGUUUUUUGGAAAUUGUGCGUGUUUUCGAGUGUUGCGAAUCCGUAAUUCGUGUCCGUUACUUAAGCAUAUUUUAUUAGUUCGACUUGAAAACGCAAAAAAAAAUCGAAAAUUAAAUGACAGUGCACAGUAAUGAAACCGGUGUCUGUUUAGUAAUGAAUGCCGUUUCAACUCGCCUUGCUGCUUCGUCGCCCACAACACCCUCCACAAACGCCGCACAGACGCCACAUCCUCCGCCACAGCCGCCACUGUCCUCGUCCGCAACCCAACUGCCGACGCUAGCCCACUCCGCCUCCUCCGCCGCGUCAAGCGCCGCCGCCGGCCUCGGCCUCGGCUCUGGUCCGGGGCCAACGCUGACCGCCGCCGUUGUUGCCGCUGCCGCCGGCUUGCCCAGCAGCGUGCCCCUGCCCUUGACCACAGCCGGCGUCGGCAUGGUCACCUCCACAGUGCCGCCGGGCGCACGCUCCGGCUCGCCUUGCUCCGCCGCUGUCACACCCUAUGGCGUCUCGGCCUCCGCUUCAGCGGGCAGCAGCGCCGGUCCAGGACCAUCAGCAUUGCCUGCCGUGGGAGGCGUUGGACCGCCACCACCAGGCGGACCGCCAGCACCCGGAACGGGAGGACCGAGCGGGAAUCCGAAUCGCUGCUGUGACACGGGACGCACCAUCUACACGGAUCCCGUGAGUGGACAGACGAUUUGCUCCUGCCAAUACGAUAUGCUCAACUAUCAGCGACUGGCGGCAGCUGGCGGUCUUGUGCCGGGACCUGGUGGAGUGCCACUUGGCGUCUAUCCCGAGGGCAUGUCCGCUUACCUUUCGGGCAUUGCCGCGGAUCAGCCGCCAUUCUACGCUAAUCCGGCUGGCAUCGAUCUGAAGGAGAACCUGGUGGCUGGAGCAGCGCCUUGGCCAUAUCCCUCGAUGUAUCAUCCAUAUGAUGCGGCAUUCGCUGGAUAUCCCUUCAAUAGCUAUGGCAUGGAUUUGAAUGGAGCGCGACGAAAGAAUGCCACACGCGAGACGACAUCCACGUUGAAGGCUUGGCUCAACGAGCACAAAAAGAAUCCGUAUCCCACCAAGGGGGAGAAAAUAAUGCUGGCAAUUAUCACAAAAAUGACGCUCACUCAGGUGUCCACCUGGUUUGCGAAUGCGAGAAGAAGACUGAAAAAGGAGAACAAAAUGACCUGGGAGCCAAGAAAUCGUGUCGACGACGAUGAUGCCAACAUCGAUGACGACGAUGACAACGACAAGAACACCGAGGAUAAUGAUUUGCUAGAUGCCAAGGACUCUGGACUCGGAUCGAACGACGACAAGGAUCGCAUGGGCCGCCUAGGAGACAUGAUGGGUGAUCGCCCCGGCGAGAGCAACAACAGUGAAUGGUCGGAAUCGCGACCUGGCUCACCAAAUGGUUCCCCAGAUCUUUACGAUCGUCCUGGCACGCAUCCGCUCUUCCAUCCCGCCGCCCUGCAUCAUCACUUCAGACCGCCAACCGGUUCGCCGCCGGACAUUGCCGCCUAUCACCACCAUCAGCAGCAGCUGCUGCAACAACAUCAGCAGGCGCAACAGAAUUCGCUACAGACUGCAGUUGGCGGCACUGGCGGCAGUCUGACUGUAAAACCAAGGAUCUGGUCGCUGGCCGACAUGGCUAAGGAUGGCAAGGAGACGAACACGGCGGCCAAGGAUAGUUCGCCGGCGAGCGAAUUGCCGCCCGCACAACCAGCGUUCUACGGACAUGCGGGUCAGCAUCAGCAUCCAUCGCCCGGCAAAAUACUCUCGCCGCUGGCGGCUCGCAUCCCCAACUAUGCUCCCUAUGUGCGUCCCGAUCUCUAUCGCGGCUUCUACGGUCCCGCCGCCGCAGCUGCAGCGCACCUCAGCGCCCCGACGCAGGAGUUCCUCGAGCAUCAGCGGCACUUUGGCGCCAGUCUGGCGGCGCACAAUGGCCUCGGCAUGAAUCCGCUGCUGUGGAAGGCCGCAGUUUCGGGAGCUGCCACCGGACAGCACUUUGCGCCCCUCAGCCUGACCACAACGAGCAAUGCGGGACAAGGACCGCAAGUGGCGCCACCGCCAGGUGCUUCGCCCUCGGCUUCGAGCUCCUCCUCGUCGAUGGGCUGCGAUGUAGUGCACAUUCCCACCAGCGGUGGGCAUACAUCAGGUGGCGCUGGAGGUGUUAGCACCCAGCAUAUGAUUGGUCCCAUCUCCAGCAAUUCGACGUCGUCGUCCUCGUCCUCGAAUUCGGGCAAGAUAUCGCCAGGCGUGAAUGUGACCUCGCUAAGCGGCAAGCCAUGACCCCCAUCGCUAUCGCUCUCGCUGUCCGCUUCAGCAUCAGCAUCAGCUUCCACAUCCGCGUCCCCCGAUCCGUACGCAUUGCCGACGGUAGUUGCCAACAGCAACAGUGGAGCAACCACCGCAUCUCCGAUCUCGGCAUUUCGAUCGCUCUCCCUGAUCGCCAUACGCGAGCAUCAACUGCAGCAGCAGCAGCAACAACAACAACAACAGCAGCAAGGAAGUAAACUGGCCAUGCUGAGGCCAUAGAUCACUUGAGGGGAAGCUGGAUCAUCGAUCGGUCAACUUUCGGACAAUAAUUUACAUGUGAUUAUUCGGUAUUUUGAUUAAACGCCGCUUACACCAAAUAGCAAAGAAGAAUCAUCCCGCUCAGAGGAGCCAACGAUCGGUGCACAACAACAACAACAAGAACAGAACAAGAAUAGCCACCGCAUUAGCAACCGCAUUAGCAAGCUGCAACCGCAAUAGCAACAGCAAUCGCAACAGCAAACCGCAACCGCAAGGACUUUGUGCAAUUUUUCGUGGGAAUGAAAAAUCCUAAAAUCUAAUUGAUAAACGAUAAAUGAUAAUUGAUAAAAACAAUGCAUAGAAAUGAUAACUGAUAAUUGAAAAUACAUUAAUUUUAAUACGAGUACAUACAACUUAUGCAAUCAGAGCUUAUAGGAAGUAAAUUUGUAAGAGUUAGUGAAAAACGAUCCCCCAAUGAUAUAAACAUCAAAAGCGCGCGCGCAAUCAUCAAACAGCGCUCCACUUUCGUCCUCAGUCCUAAUUCCUCCUAUACUAUACAUAUUCUUUACUAUAGCUGCUUCAUUCUUGGGGGCUGAUCCAUCGACAAUUGCGGUAGAGACGAUUCCCUCCUUUGGGUGGACUAAACAUAUCAAAAACGUCUCGCUCCAAACACAAUACAACAAGAGAAAAAAUAUCCCUACUCUCACCCCCUACACACACUUUGGCCCCUUAUCCAAACCAAAUAUGCAAGUUAAAUGCGAGCAAUGAUUGAUUUAGUUGUUGUAGAUCUUUUUUGUUUUUAUUGUCUUAAGUUAUAACUUUGUUCCUGUCGUUUGUAAAUUUAAUUUAUUGCAUUGUAUUCUACGAUAAUAUUGUAUUGUAUUGUAUUGUAAUUGUACUCUACGCUAUUUCUCUAUUGUAUGUAUUUAUUUGAUAAAUUGGCAAAACACGUCUUACCUAUAAUAGUGUACGAAUGAAUAUACAUAUAUAUUAUUACCAAUAUAUAUAGUAUAUAUGUGUGUGUAUAUCUAAUCUAAUUAUUGCUGUAUUUUAUGCACAAAUCGUAUGUAAGCUCGCAUAAUUUUAGCGCCCUAAGCGGAUAGUGUAAUAUAAUGCAACUGUAUAUAACUACAUAAAUAUAUAUAUACGAGUAUAUAUAAAUAUAAAUAAAAACUGAA